GCGGCGGAUGAUCCGCCCGGCGUUUCAGGGGCUGCAGGGACUUGGGACCGGGUCAGAGGAGACGAAACACGUUAUCUGGGGGGACAGCUCGAUGUUUGAGUGACUGCAGGCCCCCCAGGCUGUGCCGGGACACCCCCGGACCUGCCCCCGCCGCCUCCAGCCCCUCAGGGCGCCCUGAGGCGCUGCCCCUGGGCGGGGAGGAGAGCUCCUUGGCAGAGGCAGCGAUGGCGAGCAACGCGCAAAAAUCUGAUGAGAGUGGGAGUAAACGCCAAAGGAUGGAGAAUGAAGCGUCAGAAAACCCUCAGCUGUCCUUCCCUGACAAAACAGAUCUGGCUCUUUCUGAGGACUCGCAGUCCCUUUACGACACUGAACCACUGGAAAAGGUUUUAAACGAUAUGAGCAAAGAAAUUAUGACCUUGUUAUCAAAAUAUGCUAACAUUAUAAGGCAAACAGCAGCGAUGGAGGCUUCUUGUGUCCAAGAACUGGAAGGAAUCUUAAAAGAAGCGAGGGACAUAGACGAGGACUUAAAGCAGAAAAGGGAGAGUCUGAAACAGAGAUUCACUGUCAUGGCAAACACCCUGCAGGGAUAAAUGGAGUUCAUUCAGCUGCAGAAGUGCAGAGCCAAACUCAGUCUAUUUUGUGUAUUCAAACAAACCGUGAGGAGUGUUAUGGUGUCUGGUUCUUAGGUAAAUAUUUACGGCACUCCAGGAAACCUUCAACAACUUAAGCAGCGACUUAUACAUAGUUAGUAAAGCCAGUUCUUAAUAUCUGUUUUAAAUCCUGUGACUCCAAGGUUUUCAAACACUAAACGAUAAGGAUUUUACUUGUUAACCCAUUGAACAUAGGACAGAAAUUUCCCUGUGAAACACAGAAUUUUGUAAGUGGAAAAGGACCUCAGAUUAUUUAAUUCUAAUAAUUUUCUGUGUUUGUUUUAGUUUUCGGGGUUUUUCUUUCUACUUUAGAAAAUGUUUUGGUGCUAAAGUCUUUGUAGAAUGUACUUGCAAUGUUAUUUCAGUUUUGUCUCAGAAUACAAACAGGUUGAAGAGAUCAGCUUAGAAAUAGGAGAGUUCUAUUAAGAAAAAUACUUUGGGAAAUGUAUAAAGUCUUAAUUUGAAAAUGCAUGUAAUACUUGUACAGCUUUUCACGGCCAUUUUGAUAUAAACAUUAAAGCACACAAUCAAAACUUCGCUGUUAUGUCAAUAAAUAACUAGACAAUAAUAA